AUGACUACCCCGGCCGCGCUACCACCGUUACCUUUCAACCCAUCCCGGGUCCGGUCCUACAUCCUCCGGCUGCCGCUUUUCACGCGACUUGUGCUUCUGGCGAUUGUUGCGUUUUGGAUUCUCGAGUUACAGACAAUAUGGAGUGUUGUGCAGUGGGGGUCGUUGACGCCGGAUGAGAUCGGGCUUGGUACUAUGUACCGGCUUAAUACGUAUCCGUUUAUUCAUAUGGGAUUUUUUCAUACUUUGUUGAACAUCUUGGCUCUUACGCCGUUGUUGGAACGGUUUGAGGCUGAGCAUGGGACGUUGACUUCGGUGGCUUUGUUUAUUGGGCCGCUUUCUACUCUUCCUGCGGGUCUCUAUCUCCUCGUGGAAAAAGUGAUUUUGCAUCGCAAUACUCCGGUUAUUGGUGCAAGCGUUUGGGCGUUCCUGCUCUUGGGCUCGGAGGCUGUUAGGACGUUCAAGUCCCAUCCGUAUUUCAGCAUUGGUAGCUACAAGAUACCCACCUGGACGUCGCCUCUGCUUGCGUGCGUUUUCGCUUCGGUGCUCAUACCAAACACAAGCUUUCUUGGGCACCUUUGCGCUGUGCUUGUCGGAUACUUGCUUGGCCUUGGAUACCUCAAGGUCUUUGUCCCGCCAGAGAAGAUCCUCCGAUGGAUCGAAGGCAAGCUGAAUCUCCUGGGAAGAUUGCCGCAUUAUGUGUCAGUGGAUCAGAAGACAUAUGGUCGCUAUGGUGUGCUCCCUACUGCAAACCCCGUGGGGGAUCGAUCGACACCCUUGACCUAUCUGGGAUCUACGCAGCUCCCUACCCGCAAUCUGCGGAGUAAGCCUCACCUCCUCUUCGUCCGCCUCCCGUACCUCCUCUCGUUUCUCUGCAUCGUCGUCGGCGUUAUCUGGCUUCUCCUCCUGCCCCUGAGCGAAUACUCACGCCGGACGUAUAUAUCGGAGAAUGCGCUGCUUCCCGGUCAAGUGCAUGCGUAUUUCUCGGGUAGUGAGCAGAAUAUCUUCCGGGGGUAUAAGAAGGAGCUUGAGGGGUUGUUGGUACAAUCGAUCCUACGAGCCGCCGGGUUGAAAGUCGCGACGCAGAACUACGAGUACACGUCUGCUGGAAUUACGCAUCAAGGACAGAAUACUUAUGCGAUUAUCAAUGCGCCGCGCGGAGAUGCUACGGAGGCCAUUGUGUUGGUUGCGGCUUGGAAGACGGCGGAUGGGGAAUUGAAUACCAAUGGGAUUACUCUUGCGCUGACGUUGGCGAGAUACUUCAAAAGAUGGUCUCUCUGGUCCAAGGAUAUCAUCUUCCUGAUCACCCCCGACAGCAAGUCUGGAACGCAGGCAUGGAUCGAUGCGUACCAUGACAUGCACCCGCCGUCCGUUCAACCAUUACCAUUGAAGAGCGGUGCAUUACAAGGUGCCCUAGUGGUGGAAUACCCCUUCGACCACCGCUUCGAGUCACUGCACAUCGUUUAUGACGGCGUCAACGGCCAACUGCCCAACCUUGACCUCUUCAACACAGCCGUCUCGAUCGCCGGUGGACAGAUGGGCAUCAGUGCCGUCCUGCAAGGAAUGUGGGAUCACGACGACAGCUACGAAGCGCGACUAGAGACCAUCCUCUGGGGAAUGGUCAAGCAGGGCUUUGGCUACGCGACUGGUGCGCAUAGCAGCUUCAUGCCGUACCAUGUUGAUGCGAUCACCUUGCAGACGAAGGGAGAAGGCUGGCAGGAUGAGAUGGCUCUGGGUCGGACGGUGGAGAGUCUCUGCCGGAGUUUGAAUAAUCUGUUGGAGCAUCUGCAUCAGAGUUUCUUCUUUUAUCUGCUUAUGCAGUCGAAUCGGUUUGUUAGUAUUGGGACGUAUUUGCCCAGUGCGAUGUUGAUUGCUGGUAAUUUUACCAUUAUGGCGAUUGCGCUGUGGAUGCGUACGGGGUAUUAUGCUGGUUCUUCCACCUCUAGCAGCGCAAAUGCGCCGGUCGACGAGAAGAAAGAGACGACCCAGAAAGAGAAAGACGCCAGUCCAGCAAAGACAGAUGCCAGUGGUGUCAUGGAACGACAGCUAGCCCUUCCACUUACCUUUGUCGUUGGCCUCCAUCUCCUGGGCUUACUUCCUCUAUACAUCUUCAACAACCUCUCUCACCAGUACUUCACUCCCGCAGUCUACACCUGUAUCCUCGCAGACAUCCUCCUCCCCCUAACCCUCGCCGCCCCCUUAACCCACCACUCCCCUUCAACCCCUUCUACCCCUACCAACGCAAUCCCCCAACACUACCUCCUCAUAAAAUCAUUCUCCCUCCUCCUCCUCGGCCUCUUCCUCUCCACCCUCGCAACCCUAAACUUCUCCCUCUCCUUCAUGAUCGGCCUCCUCUGCGCCCCGCUCACCUUCACAAACCGCACUACCUCCACUUCCGUUCUACGGUACAUCUUCUCGACAAUCGGGCUGGUCCUUUUGAAUGUUCUUUCGCCGCCAGUUGUGCUUGUGGGUGGGUGUUGGUAUGCAGGCGUGAGUGUGGAGAGUGUGCUUACGCAGGCGGCGUUUGGGUGGGACGUUUGGGGGAUGUGGACGCAGGUUGUUGUUUGGUGUGUUUGGUGGCCGGCUUGGGUUAUUGGGUGUGCGUUAUUGGGGUCUUCGAUGUUUUAG